CGCUGUUCCCACACUCUAGGCGGGUUUGAGUCCAGAGUCUGUCCACAGGUCGUUGUUGAGGAUAUCACGUCUAAAAAAAAUCAACUGCAAAAAUGGUUGAGAAGUUUGUCGGGACGUGGAAGAUGGUUGCCAGCGAGAACUUUGACGAAUACAUGAAAGCAAUUGGUGUGGGAUUUGCGACCCGGCAGGUGGGAAACAGGACCAAACCCAAUCUGAUAGUGACCGUGGACGAUGAUGGGACGGUUUGCAUUAAGUCUCAGAGCACCUUCAAAACGACCGAAAUCAGGUUUAAGCUGAACGAGCCGUUUGAGGAGACUACUGCUGACGACAGGAAGACGAAGACCGUGGUGACUCUGGACAAUGGUAAGCUGGUGCAGAAACAAUGCUGGGAUGGCAAAGAAACGAAUAUCGAGAGAGAGAUCACAGACGGGAAAUUAAUAGCGAAAUGCAUCAUGGGAGACGUGGUGGCAAUGAGGACGUACGUCAAGGAGGCAUGAUGUGCGCCCCUACAGCCCUCUCUUUAGAUGCAUUGCUGGAUGACAGGCUCAGUUCAAUGAGCGUUUAAUAUCAAGAGUCAAGGCGUGUUCUGCUCUUUUUUUUUUUUCUUUCUUUAUCUUCCCCGUGUUGCCAAAAUUUAAAUUUUUUGUGCCCUUGUUCUCCAACAUGACACAUUCGGGUUCAUUUGGAAUUGUUGUGGUUGAUUUGAAUAAAAUUUAACUUUGUCAAAA